AUGAGCCUAAUACUUCCGUUCUUGACAGCAGGCAAAAAAUCUCUCUUUUUUAUCUCACCUGUCUCUCUUUCUUUUUUCUCGACCGCAAACAAUAACUUACUCUCUAAUGAGGCCCCCAACUCUCGUUACACCCUCCAUUCAUGUAGACUCACCAAAUAUUUGACUCGCUGUCUUCCCAUAUCUCUCUUGCCCUCAAUAUGCUUCGUAUAUAAUGUUUUGAUUACUUUGGCUUUUUCUUAUAAGCCUUUAAUUCUUCUAUUUGACAAUCCAGCAACUGAACCUGGAACAGAUUGCGCUAGGGUUGGUCUUUCUCAACACUGUUUUGGGUUUCCCGCCUCUCUCAGUCGCUGCUUAAGGGUUAAUGAGUUGGGACAGCGGUAUUUCGUCCUCUUCCCCCCUCCACACAUCCCUUUUCUCCUUUUCAGAAGGCCUCAAGCACGACUCCUGCCACUCGGAUCUCUUCAUUCUUUUUUGUCCGCUUCAUUGUCUACCCCCACAUCCUCCUUGGAAUUCUACCUGGGCCUUCUCCUUCUUUCUUUGUAUGAGAGCCUCUCACCAUCACUGCUCGAGGGGGGUGUGGACAAUCCUCAGCCUUCCCUGAAAUUCCAACUGGGGCCUCUCUUCCCUGGUCAUCUAACCAAACCCGACCCCAAGGGCUAG